GAUGCAUUCAAAAUUAAUGACUUAUUAAUGACGAUCUACGUGCUGCAUUGAGGAUAUGGAGCGUCAUAACCAAUCACGGAUGACUCCAGGGUCAACAACACACGUAUGACGCGGUUUUGGGCUCCCCAUGAACUUCGAUAACAGAUAAUAGAGUACGUGCGCUAAAAAUUAACCGAUCCGGUCUCCACAUGUUCAGUGAUUGACUAUCAGAGUCUCAAUAGAAUAGCCUAUUUGCCACCAUGCAGCUGAUAUCCAAGGCAGCCAAGACGUGUUUGGGGAGAUGCAGGUCCUACAGUACUAGGGCCAAUCUUAAUGAGGUUGUCAUUGUUAGUGCCACCAGGACACCCAUUGGAUCAUUCCUCGGAUCAUUAUCAUCAUUAUCAGCUACUAAAUUAGGAGCUGUUGCCAUUCAGGGGGCUAUUGAACGUGCUGGCAUCGCCAAAGACAAAAUCAAUGAAGUUUAUAUGGGAAAUGUCUGUCAAGCAGGAUUGGGACAGGCACCGGCCAGACAAUCAACAAUAUUUGCUGGGCUCCCAAAGUCCACAAUUUGCACAACAAUCAACAAAGUAUGCGCCAGUGGCAUGAAAAGUGUGAUGCUAGCCUCUCAAUCCCUCCAAUGUGGCCAUCAAGAAGUCAUCGUGGCUGGUGGCAUGGAGUCCAUGUCCAACGUCCCAUACUACAUGAGGCGUGGUGUCACUCCUUAUGGAGGUAUCAACCUCGAGGAUGGAAUCGUCGUAGAUGGUUUGACCGAUGUCUACAACAAAUUCCACAUGGGCAACUGUGCAGAGAACACCGCGAAGAAGCACCAAAUAACUCGAGAACAGCAGGAUGAGUUCGCCCUGAGCAGUUACAAACGCAGUGCAGCUGCCUGGGAGAAUAAAGCCUUUCAGGAUGAAAUAGUUCCUGUGAGUGUUCCCCUUAAGAAGGGAAAACCUGAUCUAGUUGUCUCUGAGGAUGAGGAGUACAAGCGAGUGAAUUUUGAUAAAUUCAGUGGCUUGAAGACUGUAUUCCAGAAGGAAAAUGGCACUGUCACUGCGGGCAAUGCGUCAACCCUGAACGACGGAGCUGCUGCUCUGAUUCUGACAACAGCUGAGGUCGCCCAGAGAAUGAAUCUCAAACCGUUAGCUAGAGUCGUUGGGUUCCAGGAUGCCGAGACUGAUCCUAUCGAUUUUCCAAUUGCCCCAGCACUUGCUAUUCCCUCCUUGCUGCAAAAAACUCAAGUUAACAAAGAUGAUGUAGCAUUAUGGGAAAUCAAUGAAGCCUUCAGUGUUGUCGUUGUCGCAAAUCAAAAGAUUCUCAACCUAGACCCCAGCAAAGUCAACGUUCAUGGUGGUGCGGUCUCUCUGGGGCAUCCCAUUGGUAUGUCAGGAGCGAGGAUUGUUGUACACCUGGUGCACGCCCUGAAGCCUGGACAGAAGGGAGUCGCCUCGAUCUGCAACGGUGGCGGUGGUGCCUCGUCAAUAAUGAUCGAGAAACUGUCGCAUCCAGUUUCAUCGCCACCAAGGUUGACACUAUUCACAAAAAAUCCCUGUCCCCUCUGUGACGUACUCAAAGAAACAUUGAAAUGUCAAUUUUCCGGGCGCUACCAGCUGGACCAAGUCGACAUAACAUCACCAGGAAACGAAGUUUACCACAAACUCUACAAAUACGAAAUACCAGUGCUCUUUCUCGAGGGCCAAUACCUGUGCAAACACCGAUUGGACGUUCAACUCCUGCACAAGAGACUGGAGGAAAUCGAGAGCAGAUGCUGAGACCAUUGUAUUUUGCCCUUGAAAAAUGUAUA